CCCUACGAAAUCUGCAGCGAAAUCUGAAAAUCUGCGCGCAUAAUCUAUUCACGUCUGAUUGGUCGCCUUGAUCCAUACCUAACCAUCGCGUUCCUUCUCACCGAAACGAUAUCACAGCCUUGCGCGACGACAUCUACUCGGCAGAAAAAAACGUGCGCGCCUAGCCUAGUCGCCUAAACCGACCGCCUACCUUCUCUCGAUAGCCUUGCGGCUUCAUACACGGUCCUGCCACCGUUCUCCCAAUCUCGUUCCCUUCCAACUUCCAACUCCCCGCUCCUACGAUUUCUUUCCCCUCUUUGACACCCAACUUUCGCCCACGUCGACCAUCCCCGCCAUUGUUGUAUUCCAAUCUUAUUGGAUCCAGCGGCAUAUAGCACUACGAGCUAUUCGUCUACGGGAUAUACAAUACUGAUAAUCGUCUUCUGGCGAAGUAGACCGGUAGCUACACUUAGCCGCGCUCGCAGAACCACUUCCCUCAGUCGUGGUUCAUGUACAGUUAUUACCAUCCUAUGUCAUCACCGAAUCCUCGAAAAAGGCCAGCACCCGGUAGUAUACCGAUACAGCACCCAAUGGCGACGCCGUAUAGUACACCAGACCAGUUGUUGAGGUGGAGUGGGAGUAACCCAGGAGCAUUCGUUGAUAACACUUCGAAUGCGGUAAACUCUUUCGGCGUUAUGCCGUCCCCAGCACCAUCACAGUACCCUCAAGCUACCCCGUCGAACGUUCUUACCAGGCGAGGCAUGAACAAUGCUCUCGUUGCCACUAAUCGCGCAUUCACCCCGCAACAAAGCGACACGUGGCCGGGCUUUGACGAGAAUUUGAUUGCAAGCCAACCUAAUGGGACUGUCGACGAACAUGACAAUAUAGAGUUGCUCGAGGAGAAGGCCCAGAGGGCAAAGAGGGAGGCUCAAGCGAAGCGGAAGCAGAUCCCUCCUUUUGUACAAAAGUUGAACAGUUUCUUGGAAGAAUCGAAGAACACAGAUCUAAUUAGGUGGUCAGAGAAGGGUGACUCUUUUAUUGUUCUCGAUGAAGAUGAGUUUGCUAAGUCCUUAAUUCCUGAGCUCUUCAAGCACAAUAACUACGCAUCCUUUGUUCGCCAACUCAACAUGUACGGAUUCCACAAGAAAGUUGGCCUUUCAGAUAAUUCUAUGAAGGCUAGCGAACGUAAGAACAAGAGCCCAAGCGAAUACUACAACCCUUACUUCAAGCGUGGUCACCCGAAUCUGCUCUGGCUAAUCAACAAGCCGAAAAGCGGUGGCCCCAAGAAGCCUCUCAAGAAACAAGAUACAGGUGAAGGUGAGAGCGACGAGGAUGUUACCGUGGCAGAUGAAGCCAUCGGUCACCCCUUCCCUCAGCAAGCUGCGCAGAAUCGAGCACUGCCAGCACCAGAGACAGGGCCCCUCCAAAAGAAGGAGUUGGCGGUUGUCAGAGAUCAGAUGGCGGCACUGCAGACGCGACAGAAGCAAAUCAGUGAAGCCAUCCAGCGACUCCGGCAGGAGCAUAACCAGCUUUAUCAACAAGCAAUCAUGUUCCAGAAUAUGCAUGACCGCCAUGAGAAUUCCAUCAAUGCCAUCCUAAAUUUCCUAGCGAACGUCUUUAGAAAGUCGCUCGAGGAGCAAGGAGGAGUGCAGAAUGUGAAUGACCUGCUAGCCACCAUCAUACCCAAUGUCCAGAUGCCAACGGCGCAAGGCCAAGGUAGCGUCGUUGAUCUAGGAGAUUGGGUGCAACAACAAGUGCCCAAUAACUCGACACCGGCGGGUACACCGAAGAGACAGCACCGCCUUUUGCCUCCUAUUCCUCAGAACCAAGGCAUUAAAACACCGCCAGUAGUGACUCCCACUGCCAGUACUCCCGCACCGUUUUCAAACUAUUCCACUCAGCAGCAAUCACCACAGAUAGGGCAUGUCACGGAAGUCCUUGACACCCCGACAGACUCGUCGUCGACUCCCGCUUACCUCAAACAAGAACUCGAGUCGAAUCCUCAGGAGGGCAUGAUGAAGAUCAUUCAAGACGCGAACACGAACGCAGGAAAUGUUACCCACCAUGAUCUACCCAAUGUUGCUGCUCAUACGUCAGCAACUCUGACAAAUGACCAGCGCAACCGCAUGUUAAGCAUCAUGUCUGGCAGUCAUAACAACAACAUUACCCCCACUCCUUCCUCCUCGGACUCUUCGCCCCCAAUACCGGCAACCACAAGUUCAUCUUCCGUAGGAAUUCCAUUAGCUGGAGGUAUACCAGCCGUGAACGGGCGCAAUUCACCAUCCCCUAUCUUGUCAUCAUCGUCAAUCCCUCCACCAUCGAUCCAACGGAUAUCGCAAACAGAGGAGGAGCUUGAACAGCUUCAACGCCUACAAAGCGAACAGGCCCAGAAGCUGGAUGAUCUCAACCACCUGUUAGGUCCCCUAAGCCCAUCGGGCCGAAUACCUGGCCUGGAUGAUUCGAGUGCCUACUUUGAUGAUAACAUCGAUCUGAAUCAAUACCUAGACCCAAAUGCGUAUACCGCUGAUUCAACCGGAAAUGACUUCAAUUUCGAUACCACAGCCUUCAACGAUGGCACGCAUUUUGACUGGAAUGCCGACGGCAGCGAGUUUGCCGCCACCGAUGGUCUGAACACUGGACGGAUUAUAGAGACAAACUCGCCAAGCCACAAGUCGCCAAGUCCGAGCGGCACUGAGGAGAUAUUACGAAAUGAUUUGGACGAUAGUCCUGGCCGAGCUACCAAAAGGCAAAGAAAGGCAUAAUACCACAUUGGCGGACGAAAGGCGUGUUACAAAUUCACAAAAGUCUAACCAAGUGAAAAAAUGAAAAAAUUGGGGUGCAUUAGAGUAUUCACGGUUUUAGCGAAACGCUCUACUAGAGCCAACUCUUCGGGGGGCUUAACAUGGACGGCGGUUUGAGGGCACGCCCCUAUUACUUAAAGCAAGGCCUCGGCGUCGCAAGGGCGUCGGAGUUGGACGGAGUUGGAGGCAGCAAUCGUUUAUUUUCAUUGAUAUCCCAACGAGUCUUUCCCUUUUUCUUGAUAGUAAAGACAAAAGGCCUCCUCGUAUCGAGGAGCGGAUACGAGGCAGAAAUUGAUGAUACGGGUUAAGCUACGACCUUUUGCUAGAUUUUAGACUUCGCGAGCCCGCGAUACUUUCCUAGGAGGUUAGGUAGUUAUAGUUGAUGACAUUGGACAGAUUCAACUUGGAAGUUGAA